AGGAUUGAUACUAAAAAAACUGUUAAUUAACCAAUAUAGGUGGUUAGUUAAUAAUGGUCAGAAAAAUAAUGAUCACGUAACUAACAAUCUACUCAUUAUUUAGGGUUGGGUCACUUUCCUGUUGUCAGUCGAUGUUUUGAACAUUUCAUUAGCGUUUGUUUUGCAAACAAGUGACGUAAUAAUACGGGAUCCACAUAUAUGGCAUCCAUAGCCUUUUGGGGGUCUUAUGUAUCAUUCACACUUUAAUUUUUACUUUUAUUAAAACACGUAGCACUUCACUAAUAAAUAAUCAAAUUCCAAUAAGUGUAUUAUGCCGUUAUUAACUUUUUGGGAUAUUAUCAAUUGUAUAAUUAUAUUAUAAUUUGGGUUAUUUAAAGAAAUAACUGUCAAAUAUCUACUGUAUAUAAUAUAUAUACACUCACAUAAAGUUCUCAAAGACCUCAGUUAUUACAAUUAACCUGUACGAGUUCGGUUAAAGUGCGCGCCGUAACGGAAUUCCCUCAUUGAGUAAUAUUAAAUUAACAGUCACCGCGAGACGCGCGUGCGCAGCGAGCGUACCAAGAAGCCUCAGCCGACAAAAUGCAAUCCUUCCUUAUAAUACUUGUUAUGAUAACAAGUACUACAUCACUCUGCGACGAAGAUCACAGUGUUAUAAAAAAAGAUCAUAAUAAUUUUGAUCUUAAUACAAGUGCGUUUACUAAUAGUGAUAAAGAUGAUUGUGAGUGCAAAAAGAAAGUGUGUGCAAGAAAAUGCUGUCCUAUGGGCUACGGAUACGUGUUGGAGGAAAGGAAGUGCGUGCCGACACCAGACGGGUUUAAUCCACCAGUUUGGAAGGAACACAAGUUGCUUGAAGGGUUCAAUGCGACGGACGAUAUGCAUUUUUUGAUCGGGAAAAUGAAUUGUACGAUCGAAAAGAACGAAAGUAGAAUACCAUUGGAGCCUGCCAUUGAUACUUAUCAUUUGAGAUCGGAUGGCCAGCUCUACGUGGACAUUCCAGAAAACAUUCCUUCGGCCUUCAUCUACGGACCUGACAAGUACUGCAUCGACACAUUCGUCAAUGAAAAGAAUGAAACCCAACUGAACGCCCUCAUCUGCUUCGUAGUCAAACCUGAUAAUAAUAACUAUGCCAUGAGCAGUAGCUGCAUGCUGAUCUCGUGUUUCUUCAUACUCCUGACCGUGGCAGUCUACGCCUUCCUGCCAGAGUUGCGUAACCUUCACGGCAUGGUGCUGAUGGCGUACCUCCUCAGCUUCUUUGUUGGCUUUCUGUUCUUUGCCACCAUGCAAAUUCUGAUUCUCAAGAAGGAAAUCAUACAAAGGGAAUGCACGAUAUUAACGUUCAUCAUAUACUUCUCGCUACUAUCAGCCUUCUUCUGGUUGAACGUCAUGUGCUACGAUAUCUGGUGGACAUUUAGUGGAAAACGCGCCACAUCUGGACGUCACGGAUCGGUGAUGAAGCGAUUCUACUGCUACGCUGGCUAUGCUUUCGGUGUGCCGACUAUCCUGACGGUGAUCCUGGCUGCUCUAGAGUUCUCUGACCUUCCGAUGCAGCAUCCUCUACUGCCGAUGCUCAGGCGUCAAGGUUGCUUCUUGUAUGGUACCAGUAAAUUAAUCUACCUGUACGGCCCCAUAGUAAUCCUGUGCGUCGCAAACAUGAUAUUCUUUACGCUGACAGCCAUCAAGAUAGCUCGGAUCAAGAAGGACACUGAAAUGUUACGUUCAAAGGACAGUUCCACUCAUGACCAGGACAGGAAGGACACGCAACGUAUGAAUUUGUCCUGUUCCAGGUUUUCGCUUUACGUCAAGUUAUUCGCGGUGAUGGGGGUUAACUGGAUCUUGGAGGUCGUCAGCUCCUUCUACCCUGAAGCUGACUUCUUUUGGCAGUUCUCCGACGCCUACAACGUUCUCGUCGGCCUCAUAAUCUUCAUCAUCUUCGUUUGUAAGAAGAAGACCUUUAAACUGAUCAAGAAGAGGGUAAAAGAUUUUCGGAAAGCCAAUACAAAUAAUAACGAAGUUACCAAUAUCAGCAACAAAAUCGUCACUCGAUGGCGCAAAGGAGAACGGAAUGCCAGUGUUGAAACUAUAAAGACAUCGGUUGGAGGAAAUACCAGGAAUACUACCAAUGACAUUUUCCAACUAUAAAUCAAAGAAAUAUCUACAACAACAGCAAAAGGUAGUAAAAUUGACAAACAACAAACCAUCAAUGACAAUGAUGAUGAACGUAGAAAAAGAAAAAGAAAUACUGGAAUUACCACAAACAAAAAGCGGGUAAAGGAACAUGAUGGCCAAGAAAAGAUACAUGAGAGCAUGGGUGUUGAAAAAGAAGAAAAAGAUUCAAGCACUUGAAGGAUGGCGGCAUAUCGAGGGGGCAAACAACAACAUCUACCUCAACUCGUACUUUGUCCACACAAUCG